UACAGGAGCAGAAAGACGCCUGAGGACAACUUCUAUCCAAACCAUCAUUUAAACCCUCAAGUCAAUGUAAAUAGCCUACCUCUAUUAAAUCUAUAGACAUAAUUUAAACAAGAUUAGCUAUUGAUUUCUUAACCUUUUUGUCUAAUGUACCUACCGAUUUUAUAGGGUUUUUCUAUACAGCUUGUAGCCUAUCAACUAAUGUAAUUGCCUUUACUGAAACUGACAUUUUUAAACAAUUAAUCUGAGGAAGUUAAUAAAUAGAUAUCGAUUCAAUUUUAAACAACAAAAAUAGAUAAAUAUGAGGCAUCCUCCAGUUAAUGUAGACAACCGGUGGUGGUGGGGUUGUAGUACGGAACAGACCUAAUUAUUGUCUUGAACAUACGCAACUUCUAAAAGUUUUUCCCAGGUAAACUUUGAUAAGACUGCGUAGCCUAAGCAAUUCAGACCCUGAUAUUUUUCUCUCUUGAUUCCUAAACGUUAAAGAUGCAUCCUAACUUGGGUACCUGGCUGGGCGCAGUGACGCUCCUCGUCUGGACCUUCAUCUGCAUCGGGACGCUUGCGGAAGGCUACCCGGUCAAACCAGAAAACCCCGGCGAAGAUGCGCCCACGGAGGAACUGGCCAAGUAUUACUCCGCUCUCAGACAUUACAUCAACCUCAUCACAAGGCAGAGGUGAGUGCUGUGAUCCGGGUGUGAGAAAUUGCUGCUUUAAUUAAAGGGCUGAAGUUUGGAUUUGUGAUUAUCCAAUUGAAAUAUUUGAUGAGUGAGCCACAGGGUAUUGAUUCAUAAUGACAUCAUGAUAUGAUACUGUAGUAGGCUAAUAAUAAACGUAUAUGUUAGCACCUUUCAUACAAAUAAAUAGGGGACAGCCCAAAAUGCUGUGCAAAUGAGCACUUAAAAGAAACAACAAUAAAAAUUGUGAAAGUAGGCUAAUCGAAUGAAUAAUAUCAGACUAUAGAUUGCUAUACCAUAGGCUAAACUUUUCAAAUACUAGCCUAACUAACUAACUAACUAAUUAACUAACUACCUACUAUAUGGAGUGGGACACUAUGAACUCAGCUACUAGUAUAGCUAAAAUUACACUUUGGUUUGUAGCCUAAUAUCUGUGUUAUUACUGACUCUAGUCCAAAUACCAAACUAAUCCAAUCAUUCAGGUGACUAAAAUAACAAAGAUGAGUCACAUAAACUUGUCACUAAUUGCUCUGUGUAUUGUCUGUAUGAAAGAACAUCUUUAUUUCAACAGCAGCACUCCCCUGAUUCUUGAUUAGCAACAUCCCACACACCUCUUUACAGAUUAAGCCAUUCACCCUGCGUUCACUCACACUCUAUUCACUAACCCCCCCCCCCCCCCUCUCUCUCUCUGUGUCUCUCCCAGGUAUGGGAAGAGGUCCAGCCCUGACACACUGGAUACACUGAUCUCAGAAUUGCUGCUGAAGGAGAGCACAGACACGCUCCCACAGUCCAGGUACCUUCACUGUGUGUGUGUGUGUGUGUGUGUGUGUGUGUGUGUGUGUGUGUGUGUGUGUGUGUGUGUGUGUGUGUGUGUGUGUGUGUGUGUGUGUGUGUGUGUGUGUGUGUGUGUGUGUGUGUGUGUGUGUGUGUGUGUGUGUGUGUGUGUGUGUGCGUGUGUGCGUGUGUAUGUGUUUGUGUGUGACUGGACCAGGACACAUAUUGAUAAAGUGUCUCAGAGUAGAAGUGCAGGUUCCCUCUGUCUAUGUAAUCUUAUUCAUUAUGAUCUAAAAGGUGAAACUUAUCCUAGAUCAGCACUCCUACUCUGAGAGGCUUUAUGAAUAUGGACCCUGUUCCCCUGGUCUCAAUAGAAGAAAGUAUGGUGAUCGUUUGUACAUAAUUGUUAUUUGAUACUUUAUAUAUGUUGUCUCUUCCCAGAUAUGAUGAACCAUCGUUGUGGUAACCUUGUCUCUGUCCCCGCCCAGCACCCCGGCUCAUCGCCGUGGCGACGAGCAAUUGACCUCAACAACAUGGCCGCCUCACCAUGGCCGACGCCCCAUCCUAACAAACCCAACUAGCCACCAUGCCCCAUGGAUUUCAUGAUGUAUGCAUCCCCCUCUCUCCCCAUCCUCCAUCCAGAGGCUACUCCUGUGCCAGAUAACUGUUCAGGGUCUUAUGAAAGCCAUUAUCUGUGCAUUGUUAUUCUAAAUCAGUGGAGAUAAUUAUUGAUUGUAUGGUAAAAACCGUGCUAUUAAAUAUUCAUUAUAUAACGGAUCUACUUAUUUGCUGUAGUUGUAAACUUAUUUGAAAUGAGUCUUAAGCCAAGAGAAUAAAUG